AUGGCAGACCGCUCCAGUGAAGACUCCGCCGGCUCCGACCUGGACCUGGACGUGGCCGCUUCGCAGGCCUACUCACCGCGGCGCGUCCCGCCGUGUUCUCCGCACGCCGUCCGCGAGCAGACUGGCCGCUGGUGCCGGCCGCACUGGACCGCCAGCGCCGCUCUGCUGGCGCCACCAGCUGGCUGGCUGGCUGGCUACCUGUUACGCCCACGCAGCGCCACGGCGCGCCGCUAUCCGACACCCCAGAUCACGGAAUCUGUGCGCCGGGCCAACACAACCUCUACUGCCUACAUCUACGCAGAUGCAAGGAAAAGAAGGCAAGGAAAAGAAGGCAAGGAAAAGAAGGCAAGGAAAAGAAGGCAAGGAAAAGAAGGCAAGGAAAAGAAGGCAAGGAAAAGAAGGCAAGGAAAAGAAGGCAAGGAAAAGAAGGCAAGGAAAAGAAGGCAAGGAAAAGAAGGCAAGGAAAAGAAGGCAAGGAAAAGAAGGCAAGGAAAAGAAGGCAAGGAAAAGAAGGCAAGGAAAAGAAGGCAAGGAAAAGAAGGCAAGGAAAAGAAGGCAAGGAAAAGAAGGCAAGGAAAAGAAGGCAAGGAAAAGAAGGCAAGGAGAAGAAGGCAAGGAGAAGAAGGCAAGGAGAAGAAGGCAAGGAGAAGAAGGCAAGGAGAAGAAGGCAAGGAGAAGAAGGCAAGGAGAAGAAGGCAAGGAGAAGAAGGCAAGGAGAAGAAGGCAAGGAGAAGAAGGCAAGGAGAAGAAGGCAAGGAGAAGAAGGCAAGGAGAAGAAGGCAAGGAGAAGAAGGCAAGGAGAAGAAGGCAAGGAGAAGAAGGCAAGGAGAAGAAGGCAAGGAGAAGAAGGCAAGGAGAAGAAGGCAAGGAGAAGAAGGCAAGGAGAAGAAGGCAAGGAGAAGAAGGCAAGGAGAAGAAGGCAAGGAGAAGAAGGCAAGGAGAAGAAGGCAAGGAGAAGAAGGCAAGGAGAAGAAGGCAAGGAGAAGAAGGCAAGGAGAAGAAGGCAAGGAGAAGAAGGCAAGGAGAAGAAGGCAAGGAGAAGAAGGCAAGGAGAAGAAGGCAAGGAGAAGAAGGCAAGGAGAAGAAGGCAAGGAGAAGAAGGCAAGGAGAAGAAGGCAAGGAGAAGAAGGCAAGGAGAAGAAGGCAAGGAGAAGAAGGCAAGGAGAAGAAGGCAAGGAGAAGAAGGCAAGGAGAAGAAGGCAAGGAGAAGAAGGCAAGGAGAAGAAGGCAAGGAGAAGAAGGCAAGGAGAAGAAGGCAAGGAGAAGAAGGCAAGGAGAAGAAGGCAAGGAGAAGAAGGCAAGGAGAAGAAGGCAAGGAGAAGAAGGCAAGGAGAAGAAGGCAAGGAGAAGAAGGCAAGGAGAAGAAGGCAAGGAGAAGAAGGCAAGGAGAAGAAGGCAAGGAGAAGAAGGCAAGGAGAAGAAGGCAAGGAGAAGAAGGCAAGGGAAAGAGAACUACUGGCACUACGUUCACAAGAUGGGAAAGCGAAGAAAAGAGUUGCAGCUAUGCUCAAGAGGACAAAAGCGGCAAAUAAGUCUGUUAUAGAUGAUGCAGUUGACAAUGAUAACACAGCUGUGACACUGGGCGGACCAGCGCAGCCAGAUGAAGAUGAUUAUGGUUAUGUAUCUCAGGAAGCCAGUGCAUUCUACGCCAAGCUAAUGGACAAGUAUCAAUCGGCACCACCUGAAGAACCAGCUUUUCCACAAAGAGCACCAAAAGGUGUCAUAAAGGAUUUAAACAGCACAAAGGACAGAGUAAGAAAUGCAUUGCUGAAAGCCGAAGAAGAAGAAAUGAUGCCACACAAGCGAAAGCGAAAAUCUAAGGACAAAGGAGACAAGGAUGAUGAUGGAGACCAGACAAUAAAUUAUUCCUCGAGUGAUAAACGCGAUCUGGGCUCCGACGAGAGAGAAGAUCCGCAGAGGAGGGAAGAACCACAGAGGAGACCGGAAAAUAAACCGCCCAAACCACGAAAACCCAUGCCACCGCCAAUGGAUUUCAAUCAGUUGCUGAAGCUGGCAGAGCAGAAGCAAUUUGAACCUGUGACAAAGCCAGAACCAAAGAGCAAAUCUCAGGAUGAGGAAGAAAUGGGCCGUCCGAUGACAAAGAAGCAGAAGAUGGAGUAUGAGAAAGAGCUGGAGGCCCGCCGCAGGAGGCAGGAGAGGGAUGCAGCACGCCAGAGGGCACUUGAUGAGAGGAUGCGAGGUGCGAAAGGUGGUUCUAAGGGUGUGGGUUCCGCUGGGGAAGGGGGCAGGGCGGCACAGGGCAGAAAUGGCAGGGAGGACUCGGGCUCCGACUCGUCAUCGGGCAGGGGGGCGAGAGAGACGGAUAGGAGGGAUGACAGACCCAGAGUGCCAAAAUAUUCUGACAAUGAAAGGAGGGAAGAAAAACCUAGAAUACAAAAGUUUCCGGAGAAUGAAAGGGAAGAAAGGCAGAGGAUACCAAAAUUUUCUCAAAGUGAGAGGGAAGAAAGGCAGAGAGCUUCUAAAUUUUCUGAAAAUGAGCGAGAAGAAAGACUGAAGGUACCAAGAUUUGAGAAUGAUCGGGACGAAAAACAGAGGAUACCAAAAUAUUACGAUAAUGAUCGGGACGAAAAACAGAGGAUACCAAAAUAUUACGAUAAUGAUCGGGACGAAAAACAGAGGAUACCAAAAUAUUACGAUAAUGAUCGGGAAGAAAAACCGAGGAUACCAAAAUAUCACGGAGAUGAUAGGGAAGAAAAGCCAAGGAUACAAAAAUAUCACAGAGAUGAUAGUGAAGAAAAGCCAAGGAUACCGAAAUACCGUGGAGAUGACAGGGAAGAAAAGCCGAGGAUGCCAAAAUAUCACGGAGAUAAUAGGGAAGAAAAGCCAAGGAUACCAAAAUAUCAUGUAGAUGAUAGGGAAGAGAAGCCGAAGAUACCAAAAUAUUAUGAUAGUGAUCGGGAAGAAAGGCCUAGGGUAUCAAAACAUGAAAGUGAUCGGGAAGAAAGGCCUCGAGCAUCGAAAUAUUAUGAAAGUGAUCAGGAAGAAAGGCCUAGGGCAUCAAAAUAUUAUGAAAAUGAUAGAGAAGAAAGGUUGAGGGUACCAAAAUAUGAAAAUGAUAGGGAAGAAAAGCCGAGGAUACCAAAAUUGUCUGAAAGUGAGAGGAGAAAUGAUAGGCCGAGGAUACCAAAAUUGUCUGAAAGCGAGAGGAGAGAUGAAAAGCCAAGGAUGCCUAAAUUAGGUGAAAACGAUAAGAGAGAUGAAAGACCUAGGAUACCUAGAGUAACUGAAAGUGAAAGGAGAGACGAUAGACCAAAGAUACCUAAACUAUCUGAAAAUGAUAGGCGAGACGACAAACCCAGGAUACGCAAGUUAUCUGAAGGUGAGCCUAGGGAUGAAAAGCCCAAGAAACCAAAAUUGUCUGACACAGACAGGAGGGACGAAAAGCAGAGGACGUCAAAAUUAUCUGAAGGUGAAAGGAGAGAGGAACGGCUCAAUGGAGGUUACAGAACGAAUGACGGUUCAACCGACAGGUUGGAACCGAAAUCUGGUAACAGACUGAACCACUCGGUGCAAAAUACUGCCAGUGAUAAGCGUGCAUUACAAGCUAAGGUGGCGAGGCAAGCAGAUACCUACAGACAGGAGAAAGAGCAACAGAAUUUUAAGAGAGACGUGUCACGAAGAUAUGAUAAUUCAGUAGUUUCUCAGCAGAAGCCUUUAAAAUUGUCAGCUCAUGAUUCAGAUGUCCGAGGGCCAGCAGAAAAAUCUACAGAGCGUUCUAAAUCUAGUUUUUCACAGCAGAACGUGAGUGCUAAGAGUGGUACAGUGGACGAGAGGCGGAAUGGCAGUGGUUCUAUAGCGAGAAAUGCCAGUACGUCCUCAUUUGGCAAAAAGCAGCAGGAAACUAAUGAUUCUAGAUUACAGGCAAAGAAGUCUCCUGCAGCGGAUACCAAUAAACUGAAGAAAGCAGACAGUUUCCGUAAAAAUGAUCUCGAUGACCUGUUCGGUGAUUCCGAUCUCCCCGUUAUUAAAUCUGGUGUUCCUAAAGUUGUGAAAAGUCAGCAGAGUGCCUCGAAUGACUCUGAAAGAAGAAAUGGUGAGCAGAAGACGGUCAACAAGCCACUUUCGUCUCAGAAAUCCGGUGUCGGUCCAGGUGGCAACACGAGCAAAGUGCAGGCUAAGGGCAGCGGCGGUGUCACUCGGCCAGUUUCGAAAGAGCAGCUGGACGCGUUCCGUCAGAGGAAACUGGAUGCGGUUGCCAGGGAGAAUCAGCCUGGGAACAGGCAAAGUGGAGGACCCAGUCAGGGUGGCAAGACCAGACCGGGGCAAGCAGUGUCCACUGAUAAGGCUAAGAAGUUGCCACCCAACGAAGGCAGGCCAAAGCAGUUUCCCCCACCUGACGUUCGAGGACCGAAACAGUUUCCCCCGUCUGACGUCAGAGGACCGAAACAGUUUCCACCUCCUGAUGUUCGGAGGCCGAAACAGUUUCCACCACCGGAUGUUAGGAAGAAGCCCAAGCCAGCUCCAGUAAAGCGGCGUAUAGAAGAUUCUGAUGAAGAAGAUGAAUAUGAUUCAGAGCUGGACGACUUCAUAGAUGAUGGACCAGAGGAUGGAGAGGAUUACUCAAAACACAUCAGAGAAAUUUUUGGUUACGAUAAAUCGAGGUAUCUUGAUAUAGACGACGACGACGAGUGUAUGGAAGCAGAUUUUGCCCAAGUAUUAAAGGAGGAAUUUGUCAGCACAAAAAUAGGUAUACUGGAAGAUCUGGAGGACAUAAAGAAGGAACAAGAAGAAAAAAGAAGGAAAGCCCUGUUAAAGAAGAGAAAAAUGAGAUAG